AUGUCCGACGAAGAUGAUUACAUGUCCAUGGUGAUUGAGGAGCCCACUCAGAAAGAGACCUUUACCCAGAAAAAGCGCCGCGAACAACGCGAGGCCGAAGCCCGCGGCAGAGUCCCCUCCAAAGCAGAACGCGCCGCCCAAGAAGCCGCUCGCCGAGAUGAAGCUCUGGCAACCAGUACCCUCAACCCCACCAACAAGGGAUUCCAGAUGAUGGCCAGGCUUGGUUUCAAACCUGGUGAAUCACUUGGAAAGCGCGCACCUGCCCCCGAUACAGAACCAACUUUCGACUCGGAUAAAGCGCGCUCUGAGCCACUGAACCUCAUUUUCAAAGAGAAUCGCGGGGGUAUCGGUCUGGACACGGCGAAGAAGCGCAAAAUCCGUGAGGAGGCUGAAGAGGCAGUCAAGAAAGUGAAGCAUGAGGAGGGAACUUAUCGGGAUCGCGUGCGCGAAGAGCGUGAGUUGAAACGGACAGAAGCGCAAGUGCGCGCGGCGCAGAAGGUUGCGGAGAGGUUGGAGGCUGAAGCAGAGGGUGAGACAGUGACUGAGAAUGGGGAUGGGAAAAAGGAAGAGAAGAAGUCUACUGAAAGUGAAGAUGACUCUUCUGGGAACGCAGAAAACAAGUCAGCAUCUGGCGCCGCGUCCGAGAAGGCAGCCCCUAUCAAGCCCACCUCUCAGAUCAACGUUCUCUACCGCGGUCUUGUCCGUGAGCGCGAAGAACGCGAUCGUGACCGUCAGACUCGCCAUGCCCUACAGUCUUCGCUCCCGUCAUCCUUCUUCCCCAGAGCGCGGCUGCCAGAAUAUGACGACCCGACUAUGGAUCGGGAAGACAAGAAGGCUCUUGGUGAAGUUGAUCAGAAUACCUCUGCACUGGAGAUCGAGCUCGAGGAAGAGGACGAGGAGCUUGAUGCCUUCAAUGCCCUCGAGCCUGCCGAGCGACUAGAAAAGCUAGUCCUAUUUUUGCGCGAGAAGUACAGGUAUUGCUUCUGGUGCAAAUAUACCUACGAGACGGAUGAAGAGUUGGAGGGUUGUCCUGGCCUUACGGAAGAGGAUCAUGACUGA